AUGGCGCCACUCCGCCGCCUGGCCGCCAUCCUGUCGGGCGCGGCGCUUGCGGCAGGCGUGACGCCGGUGGAGAAGGUACUCACGCUCCUCGACGACCUCAAGGCAAACAUCGAGCAGGAGGGCACGGCGGAGUCGCAGGAGUACGACAGGUUCGCCUGCUUCUGCAAGGACGCGACCGGCGGCCGCAGUUCGUCGAUCCUCGAGCGCAAGGACGAGUCCGACAUCCUGUCCGCCUCCAUCGCCGAGGACACGGCGAGCAAGGCGACCAAGGCCCAGGAGCUCGCCGAGAGGAAGGCGAAGCACGAGGAGAUGGAGGCCGAGCUCGCCGCCACCAAGGAUCAGCUCGCGAAGGACACGGCGCAGUACAACUACAAUGCCGCGGACUUGUCGAAGGCCAUCUCCAGCCUGGCCAGCGCUAUGACUGCGCUCCGUGACGCCAAGACCCCGCCCGGGGCCGCGUUGCUCCUGGCCUUGCGCAGCUCCGUGGCAAAGGGCUCCCAGCUCGCCCGCGCCCUGGACAGCAGGCUGCCGAAGGCUCAGGCGUUCUUGCAGGCCAAGGUGGAUCCCACCAGCCCGGAGUACAAGUACCAUUCGGACGGCAUCAUCUCGACCAUCGAGGACCUGCACACCGAGUUCACCGCGAAGAAGACCACCUUGGACGCCGACUUCACGUCGGCAAAGGAGGCCGCGGAGGCGAAGAUCGCGGCGUUGGAGGGCGACCUGAGUAACAACGACGCGGCCAUGAGUGGCCUCGAGACGGCCAUCAGCACCUUGUCCUUGAACCUCGCAGCGCACAAGGAGGGCAUGAUCAUGGUGGAGGCGAUCCUGAAGGACGACAAGGUCUACUUGAAGGACCUCACCGAGCGAUGCGAGGCUAGGGCCCACGACUGGGACCAGCGCUCGCAGAUGCGCGCGGACGAGCUCUCGGCCAUCACGGAGGCGCGCGCCAUCAUCGCCGGGCGCGUCCAGGGCAUGGACGAGGCCGUCAACAUCAGGGCCCUCGUCCAGAGUGGCCAGGCCGCCAAGAGGCCAGCCGCGAAGGUGGCCGCCGUGUCGCCCUCGUUCGUGCAGAGCUCCGCCGUGCGCGCCCACGACCACCAGGCGGCCGCCGACGCCGCGAACGCCACCGAGCUGAGCCAGGCACAGCGGGAUUCCACCGUCGAGCUGUUGGCCAAGGAGGGCAUCCGCCUCAAGAGCCAGCCGAUCUCCAUGCUUGCCAUGAAGCUGGCUGGGGAUCCCUUCGCCAAGGUCAAGGAUUUGAUCCAGGGGCUCAUCGAGAGGUUGCUCAAGGAGUCCAUCGGCGAGGCGACGAAGGAAGGGUUCUGCAACGAGGAGCUUGGCAAGGCGGAGAAGGACCGCGACUUCAGGUACCAGGAGGUCAAGACCCUGAAUGUGGAGGUCGCCAGCCUCGAGCUCAAGAAGGACGAGCUCGAGUCGGAGAUCCAGGAGCUCACGGACUCCAUCGCGGGCCUCUGGAACGACCUCAACACCUCCACGACAUUGCGCGGGGAAGAACACGACCUCAACAUGGAUACCCUCGCGAAGUCUAAGUCGGGGCUCGAAGCGAUCACAGAGGCGAUCGUCAUCCUGAAGGCCUUCUACGCAAAGGGCGCCAAGGCCAUCUCGCUGGCGCAGGCUUCGCCUGUGGACGAGGACACCGCAGGCCCUGGCUUCACGGGCAACUACGGGGGCAAACAGGUCGCGUCCAAGGGCAUCAUCGGCAUGUUGGCGGUCGUCAAAACGGACUUCGAGCGCACGAUCAAGAUGACCAGCGACUCGGAAAAGAAGGCACAGGCCGACUUCGUGGAGUUCGACCGCGUGUCCAGGACCGACAUCAGCGGCAAGACCACGAAGAAGACGCUGGACGAGGAGGACCUGAGGACCACGGUCGCCGCGAUCGCCGAGGGCAUGUCGAAGCUACAGACGGAGAUGAGCUUGCUGGACUCGGCCCUGAAGCGGCUCUUCGAGCUGAAGCCCAUGUGCACCGAUUUCGGCAUGAGCUACGCGGACCGCGUGGCGAAGCGCGAGCAGGAGAUCGACGCGCUCAAGAGGGCGAUCUGCGCACUGGGCGGGGAGUGCAGCUGA